AUGUCUAGCGGUGCUGAGGUUCUCUACGUCUUGAUUGCCAUUGCUGGCUUGUGUGUUGCCACUUGGUUCGUCACUCCCAAGGGUGACAACCAGACUGUCUGGAGGAGUAGCAUUAUCCUUACUCUCGUCAUGUGCUACCUCAUGUGGGCUCUUACUUACUUGAGCCAGCUUCACCCUCUCAUCCAGCCCACUCGAAGCGACCUCCGUCCCGAGUUCGCCGAGGGCUACAGCGAGUACUACGGCAUGGAGUAA